UACACUAUUUCUACUCUACUCGACAGAGCAAUAUGUGGACCCAGAAGAGAUGAACGCCAUGGACAGGAUCCUCAGAGCAAAUCAACUCUCCAGAGGGUUUCCAUUAAGAGAGGGAGACAUACUGAGUCCAGGAUCCCGCAGUGCCAUUACCUGUCUAGGAGAUUCCUGCCGCUGGCCCAAAGCUGUGGACGGAUUUGUGUAUGUACCAUACAUCAUGUCCACAUUAUAUGAUGAUAUGGACAGAAUCACGAUAGAAACAGGGAUGUUGGACAUUUCCUCGUCAACCUGUGUAAAGUUUGUCCCUCGCACACAUCAAGCAAACUUCCUCAAUAUUCAGCCUAGAUAUGGCUGCUGGUCAUAUCUGGGAAUGACAGGAGGCAGUCAGACGGUCUCUCUGCAGUCUCCAGGCUGCAUGUGGUCAGGAGUGGCGUCCCAUGAGCUCAUGCACGCUCUUGGUUUUGUACACGAACAGUCCCGCUCUGACCGUGACCGCUACGUUUCCAUCCUAUGGGAAAACAUCAUAGAGAAUCAAAGACACAACUUUAGAAAGUAUGAGACCAACAACCUCAAUACCGCAUAUGACUACAGUUCUGUCAUGCACUACGGGAGGUAUGCCUUCUCAGAGGAUGGGGGGCCCACCAUCAUUCCUAAACCAGACCCUUACAUUCCCAUUGGCCAGAGAGACGGACCAAGUAUUCUGGACAUUCACAAAAUAAACAUCUUGUAUAACUGUGGUGGCCUUGUGUGAAACAUUGAUUGGAAUAGAUCUACCAACAGACAUCAUAAAUUUAAAACUCACAUUUCCUUCUAAUGUUAAGUGUUAUGAGAAGUCCAGAAUUAUGUGAAAAUGUAUGUUUUCAAAAAAGACAUGUUGAUCAUGAUCCCCUACAGCACUAGAACUGUUUUUGGACUAAUGACUAGGGCCAGACGGAAUCUGCGGAUGUUUUUUGCUAUUUUU